AUGUACGGACACGAAUCACCGCUCCCUUGGAGCACACCUCCUCGACGGAGAACAACUGCUGCAGGAGCAACAACCAACGACGACCCGGAUUCAUCAUCAACAAGACGAUUCUCCGCAGGGUUUACAUAUGCUGGAAUGGAUGGUUCUGGUUCAACUUCUUCUGGGGGGUUCACGAAUAUCGCUUCUGGGGGUGCUACAGGAGGACAUACACGUUCCGGAUCGCAUGGUGGCUACUCAUCGAAUGUGCCAGGGGGGAGUGGUGGCGGUGGGGCACCCGCCGAGAGGACAAGCAGAGAUAAAGCAAAUCAGAUAGUGCAGGCAUAUUUUGGGAAGGCCGCAAUGGUAAUUUUACACGCAAGAGUGGUCCUGCCCCCAACAUUUUCACCAAAGAGUGGACAAAAGAAAGUCAACAGAUGGUUUAAUAUCGAGCUUGACGAGACGGACGCAUUUCGAGAAAUCCUCGAAUUAUGGCGUAAGGGGGAUUGCUUUGAACCAAGACCUCCUCCAAUGAUAAUAGAAACAUACCUAGACGCAACAGAUUUGACAGCAAACCAAUCAUUAGUAAUUCUAGAUGGCGAAGGAAAGAGAUGGAACGUAAAUGAAGCCCUUGAUACAGCUGCAGCUGUGGCCGGAGUAAACAAUACAGAAUCGAGGAAGGCUGGGCGUGGUGGUGGAUCGCGCCACGAAGUGAUUAUGGAGAGGUGGACCGUAGAUUUGAGCCCUCCAUAUGAUAUCGCUCAUGCGCCAGAGCUUCCAGUGGUAUAUAAAAAGGGUAUCAUACUCUUCCGUGCAUUGUAUGCUUAUGCAGGACUUAUGCCGACCUGGAAGUUUCGACGGCGGUUGUCGAAGGUUAAACUCAAUACCAGUACGUUGAAAGUAAACUGCAGAAUAAUUAAUGGCAGCAAUUAUACCCGAGCCCCCAAGGAAUGGGAUUUAUUACAGGUACCACUAUAUGAGGGCGAUAAAGAAGUAACAGAUACAUAUUCUUUCCCAAGGGUCGAAAGUCCAGCGGGGUGUUUUGAUAUAUCUGUGGAAUUUAGGAAAAAUUGCGAGUUUAGGGUUGAUGACUCCGAAGCCCUGCUGAGCUCGCAUUUUAUAAAUCUUGAUGAACACUAUUUUCGGCCAUCAUUAACACAAAAGGCCCCUUCAGAACAACCUCUUGGUUACGCCUCUGUUGGGAAAGAAAUGAAUUCGUUGCCUUCAGCUAAUACUCAUCCACCACCAAGACCGGACUACAAUCAAACAUACGGAAGCUUAUCCUCAUUUCAUCAUCAGGGAGCAGUUCCUUCGGGCGCUAGCCCGAUAUCCGCUUUGAGAACUGCUGCAGAGCUAGCCGAUAGGGCUUCAAUGAAUAGUUCGCCUAUCGAACGACCUCCCACUGGGCUGCGGUCAAUACAGUGUUCAAAGUCAUCACUGCGAAGCUUUGAAGGUGUACAACGGCGACCUUCAGUAUCUUUUAUGCAGCCAUUCAAAUCACCUUCAUUGUCGGCUUCGCCCGCAAAUUCGGAUCAGGUGGCAUCCUCACCACGCACGUCGUUAAGUCGAAUCAUGACCCCAGUAGCUCCUAGCCAUCGGCAGCGGCCAAGCCUGGGAACAAUGUCGCCAACAUUUAGGAAUUCUCCUGGACUCCCCGACGGGACACCUAACCAAACACCUGUGCCUGUAUCUUCUUUUCCCGGGUCAUCUCCCCUUGCUCAAGGCCAGCCUAUUACGCGUAUUACAAGUAGUUUCGGCCAACGUCGGCCAAGGAUUAUUUCUGGAGCAAGCCGGACUGAUGAUGACAAUACAAGCAGUGGGAAAGCUAGCUAUAGCUCAUCGGCUGCACCCGGAUCAGGGCUUUAUUUGGACGCUGGGGCUAACUCCACUAUGGACGAGGACCUUCAAAUAAGGGACUUUAUGUCGAUGCUGGCGGACGGCCAAAGACAAACACUCAAGAGUUUCCAGCCUAGUGGAAUUGCUGGUGAAGGUUCAAGUAAAAGGGCAGGAAAUGCUUUAUCAAAGUUUCAGAAAAUGAGAGACUCGCAAAGUGCUCUGGCAGAGUCAAUGUCUUCGUCCCUGUUGCUGCAGCCUUCACUGGGUUCGCCCUCGACAUCGAGCAGGCACUUGACGAAUGUCCCAGUAAUGGUGCCAUCGACAGCACUCUCAUCAUCUUCAUCUCCUGGAAAACCAAUAUCUCCACACACCCCACACACUCCACACACCCCGGCAAUUCCAUCCCGACUUAGUGAAGGUCUCACUGCACAGUAUGAUCAACGCCGACAUCGUUCUCCGCGCCCGCCCCGGGGGGGGCAGCAAAACAAUAGGGAGAGCGCUAUUGGUGAAAGAAGACAGGAGAUUGGCCAAGAGAUGACUACGGCCUCUAAGACAUCACCACUGGACAUUCCCAAUUCACCCCGUCCCUUCCCACGUAGAUCAAACUCAAUGUCUCAACCGCCCGAAGAUGGCGGUGCUUCUCUCGACUUCGAUCCGACUGUCGCAUAUGGUCCAAAUCAGCGUCAGAGUGCUAGUUUAGGGAGUGUAAAUAUGGUCCCACUAAGUCUAAGUCGGCUAUUAGAUCUACAAAAUGCAUCUGAAACAGCUAUUUCUGGCAGGGAAGACUCUGGAGAACUUUGUGAUAAUGGCAGCGAUGAUAUUCUGGCAUUUGGACCGCCUGGACCUCCAUCUAUAGAUUCUGUUGAAGGGGAAAGGCCACGAUUCCAGCAGAGGUAUACAAGAGGAAGUACACCUUCCGGUCCUGGAUCUUCUGGUCAAACCUCGCGUGGCAGAUUAAGUCGGGGACAGCCCUCAGCUGGUUCAUCUAGCCUGAUAAGCGAACGUAUCAACAGUGGGGCGCCUACUAGUCGGAUGAACGGGCCGUCAUCUAUUGAAAGAAGAACGCCGAGCUAUAAUCAGGAUGACGAAUUGCUUUUUGACAUGAGUGACAUGACUGGUACUCAUCAGUCAACAAGGAGGAGCUUAGAACAGGGGAGCGGGGGCAGAGAUGUAUCCGCAAGUUCUCCUGGUAGACGGGGAAGUCGUGGUGGUCUUGGUGGUAGUGGAGGUAUGGGCAGAGGUGAUUGGAGUUGA